GGCGGCGGGGAGGAAGCGGGGGUCCCGGCCGGGCGAGCGCGGGCCCUGGGCAGCCCCCCAACCUCAGCGUGGCGCCCCCCUCUCCUGGCCACUGGGUCCGCGAGUAGCCCCCAACUUUAGCGGGGUGCCCCCUGCCCCCGGGCACAGACGGUGCAGGGGCUCCUGAGCUGCAGCAUGGACCCGCCAGAGCCACCUGCCCCCGCGGUGCAAGAAGGCGAAGUGAAGUGUGACAGUAACAAUAACGAAGAGGAGGAGGGAGAACAGUUCGAUUUUGACAGCGGAGACGAAAUUCCAGAAGCUGACAGACAAGCCCCAGGUGUCCCCACGGCCGGCGACGGGGGUGCAGACGCCACCUCGGCCGGCAACGCAGGUGCAGACGCCACCUCGGCCUGCGACGCGGGUGCAGAUGCCACCUCCGGCAGCUCCGGCAGCUCAGGAGGAGAAAACAGCACGGGGACAGACAUGGCCGUGUUGGUCGUGCCGGUGGAACCGACAAAGCUUGCGGCCCCAGCCAGAGUCAGCCCUUACUCCGUCAUCGACAUCACGCCCUUCCAGGAAGACCAGCCCCGGCUCCCGGACCCAGAGGCUGAGGGGGACAGCGUGAGCCUGCAUGUGCCCAGUGGCUACGUGGUGCCCGUGCCCUGCGGCUACGCGGUGCCCUCCAGCCUGCCCGUGCUGCUGCCCGCCUACUCCAGUCCUGUCGUCGUGCACACCCCAACCCUGCACGAGGAAGCAGAAGCACCGGAAGUAGCAGAAGACAGCCAGUUUAAUUCUCUGAGUUCCGAGGACCCGCCAAGCAGUGAGGAUCGGGUCCGCUCGGAAGACAGUGCCCUCGCCCGGUGGGCUGCAGAUCCGGCCAACACCGCCUGGAUGGAGAAUCCAGAGGAAGCCAUUUACGAUGAUGUGCCAAGAGAAAAUUCAGACUCUGAACCAGAUGAAAUGGUUUACGACGAUGUUGAGAAUGGAGAUGAAGGUGGGAACAGUUCUCUGGAGUACGGAUGGAGUUCGAGUGAAUUUGAAAGUUACGAAGAGCAGAGUGACUCCGAGUGCAAGAAUGGCGUCCCCAGGUCCUUCCUGCGCAGCAACCACAAAAAACAGCUUUCCCAUGACCUAACCCGUUUAAAGGAGCACUAUGAGAAAAAGAUGAAAGAUUUGAUGGCAAACACAGUGGGAGCGGUAGAGAUUCAGCAGCUAAAGCAAAAGCAUGAACUGAAGAUGCAGAAGCUCAUGAAGGCUGCAAAGGACGGCACCAAGGACGGGCUCGAGAGGACGAAGGCCGCCGUGAAGAGGGGCCGGUCCUUCAUUCGCACCAAGUCCUUCAUUUCCCAAGAUCACAGACCUGGUCUUGAAGAGCAGGACCUAUUUAUCGAUGUUGACUGCAGGCACCCCGAGGCCAUCCUGACCCCAAUGCCUGAAGGUUUAUCUCAGCAGCAGGUUGUAAGAAGAUAUAUUCUGGGUUCAAUUGUUGACAGUGAGAAGAAGUACGUAGAGGCGCUCACGAGGAUUUUGGAGCAAUAUGAGAGGCCGUUGUGUGAGAUGGAGCCCAAGGUUCUGAGCGACCGGAAGCUGAAGGUGGUGUUCCGCCGGGUCAAGGAGGUCCUGCAGUGCCAUUGCAUGUUCCAGAUCGCUCUGGCCAGCCGUGUGGCCGAGUGGGACUCCGUGGAGAUGAUCGGAGACGUCUUCGUGGCCUCGUUCUCCAAGUCCAUGGUGCUGGACGCGUACAGCGAGUAUGUCAACAACUUCAGCACGGCUGUGGCGAUCCUCAAGAAAACAUGCGCUACAAAGCCCGCGUUUCUGGAAUUUCUAAAGCAGACCCAGGAGUCGAGUCCGGACCGCGUCACGCUCUACAGCCUGAUGAUGAAACCCAUCCAGAGGUUCCCCCAGUUCAUCCUGCUGCUCCAGGACAUGUUGAAGAACACGUCCCGAGGACACCCAGACAGGCUGCCCCUUCAGAUGGCUCUGACAGAGCUCGAGACAUUAGCAGACAAGUUAAAUGAAAGGAAGCGAGACGCUGACCAGCGCUGUGAAAUGAAACAAAUAGCCAAAGCCAUCAACGAGAGAUACCUGAACAAGCUUCUCAGCACUGGAAACCGGUACCUCCUUCGAUCCGAUGAUAUGAUAGAGACGGUUUACAAUGACAGAGGAGAAGUUACGAAAACCAAAGAACGCCGGCUCUUCAUGUUAAAUGACGUGCUGAUGUGUGCCACGGUCGGCGCCCGCGCCUCACAUGACGGCAGCGCCCUUGCAUCGACCAGCCAAAGGUACCUGCUGAAGUGGAGCGUUCCGCUGGGACUCGUGGAAGUUCUAGAGUAUGGCAGUAACACGGGCGCAGGCGAGCACAGCCGGGGCGCCACGCCGCACCCUCCCGAAAGCCUGGCCGUGGUGGCCGGCGCGAAGCCACACAAAGUUUACAUGGGGCCCGGACAGCUGUACCAAGAUUUACAAAACCUGCUGCAUGACCUGAACGUGGUCGGGCAGAUCACGCAGCUCAUCGGAGACCUGAAGGGACACUACCAGAACCUGAGCCAGUCAGUGGCCCACGACUGGACGUCGGGUCUGCAGCGGCUUAUUCUGAACAAAGAGGAGGAGAUCCGAGCCGCCGGCUGGUGCAGGGUCCAGCUCCAGCUGCCGGGCAAGCCGGACAGGUCUGGGCGGCCGGCUUUCUUCACAGCUGUGUUUAGCACCUUCACGCCCGCCGUCAAGGAGUCCUGGAUCAACAGCCUGAAGAUGGCCAAGCUGGCUCUCGAGGAGGAGAACCACAUGGGCUGGUUCUGCGCGGAGGACGACGGGAAUCAGAUCAAAAAGGAAAGACACCCUCUCCUCGUGGGGCACAUGCCUGUGACGGUGGCCAAGCAGCAGGAAUUCAAGAUCGAGUGUGCCGCGUACAACCCUGAACCAUCCCCGAGCAGCGCGGGCCAGCCCGAGUCCACGCCUGCAGCUCCCGGCUUCCUGUGGAUUGGAAGUUGUACCAGCCAAAUGGGUCAAAUUGCCAUCGUUUCAUUUCAAAAUUCCACUCCCAAAGUCAUCGAGUGCUUCAACGUGGAAUCGCGCAUCCUGUGCAUGGUGCAUAUCCCCGCGGCAGACCCCGAGACCACGGUGGGAAGAGCGCUGGUCCCCACCAUCUGCGUGGGGACUGAGGAAGGCAGCAUUUCCAUUUAUAAAAGCAGUCAAGGCUCCAAGAAAGUGCGCCUGCAGCACUUCUUCACCCCCGAGAAGUCCACGGUCAUGAGCUUGGCCUGCACGCCUCGGAGUCUGUACGCGGGGCUCGUCGACGGGGCCGUGGCCAUCUACGCAAAAGCAGAAGAUGGAUCCUGGGACUCUGAGCCUCAGAAAGUGAUGAAGUUAGGUGUGCUGCCGGUGAGGAGCCUUCUGAUGACGGAAGAUGCGCUGUGGGCCGCCUCCGGAGGCCAGGUUUUCAUCAUCCACGUGGAGACACACGCUGUGGAGAACCAGCUGGAGGCCCACCAGGACGAGGGCAUGGUGGUGUCGCACAUGGCCGUGGCCGGCGUGGGGAUCUGGGUUGCCUUCACGUCCGGGUCCACGCUUCGCCUGUUUCACACGGAAACCCUCCAGCACCUGCAGGACAUCAACAUAGCCACCCCUGUGCACCACCUGCUACCAGGGCACCAGCGGCUGUCCGUGACCAGCCUGCUCGUCUGCUACGGCUUGCUGAUGGUCGGCACCAGCCUGGGCGUCGUGGUGGCCCUGCCCGUGCCUCGUCUGCAGGGCAUCCCCAAAGUGACUGGGAGAGGCAUGGUCUCCUACCACGCGCACAACGGGCCUGUCAAGUUCCUGGUCGUGGCCACCACUGUCCCCAAGACAGACGGGGAGAAGCGCAGGGACAGCCCGCCCCCCUGCGCGGAGCCCCCGGACGGAGACCAGCAGGACGAGGACCCCAGUGAGGAGGCCAGGCCCUGCCUGGCUCAGCGCGGCCCCGACGCCCUGUGGCUGGGGGGCUCGCUGGGCUCCGUGACACACGGCAGUGAGCUCUCGUCGUCCACCGGGUCCCUGGGGCCCAGGUCCGAGGACAGCCCCGUGUGCGACCUGCUGCGGCACCCCAGCGUGGCGCCCGGGGGAGGUCGGCGAGCCAGGAGGGCGAGAGUCAGCUCGGUGCUGGUGGCGACGGGGGGCCAGGGCCACCGGCGCCUGGGCAGGAAGGCCCGGCAGCAGCGGCCCGAGGAGCCGGCCUCCUCCAUCAUGGUCUGGCAGAUCCCCCUGCUCGGCGUGUGAUGCCGCAGCCGCCCUGGCUGCGGCGAUGGGGACCAGUCUUUGGGGAAGAAAUGUGCAAUGGCGCGAUGGUGGCACUCCUGCCGGUCCCUUCUCUUGCUCACUGCAUGACAGGACACAGACAUUUCCGGAGAAGGCGGCAGACGGAGGCGAAGGUGAGUGAGGGGACUGUCGCCCCUGGUCCCGUGUCCUGCUCCUUAGGGAAUUUGCUGACGAAGGACUCCCGGGAACACGCAGUGUGUAUAGCCGUGUGGGAAUGCUCUAACAGCUGUGAACGCCGUUUCGCUUGGUUCAGAGGCAGCGCUUGUAUUUCUGCUGCACGUCCUUGAACUCGGGAACAGCGGCAUUUGUAACGAUGAAGACAGCCGGGUGACAGGGACUGGCCGGGGGACUGGCUUUCCAAAUGAGCCGCGUCUCCCAGAGUGGCACCAUGUGCGUAAUGUGUAGUUUAACAAAGUGGUGUUUUUAUAUUGCAUUUGUCUGUUAAAAAUUAACAAUGUUUCAGUCCAUAUAUUAUAUGUAACAUUUCACAGAUGAUAUUUGCUUCCAACCAAAAUGCUCAGUACCUGUCAACACUGAGGCUCCACAUUGAUGCCAAAACACUCUCCCCCAUCGCCUAUGAAACAGUGUUAAUGUCCGUGUUAGAGGCACGGGUGUCUUCGUCCCCAGGGAGAGCAUGGGAAGUGUCUCGUCAGUUCUUCCACGCUGUUCCGUGCACCUGUGACCCGAAACGCUGCCUGUGUGUAAACGUGCGUCAUGGUGCUCGUGAGUGAGGCUGUGUCACUGCUGGCAGUGGGGCACAGGCCAAGCGCGGUGACACCCCCGUCACAGGACCAACUGCGAGUGUCAGGGUGUGCGAGGGACCCACCAGGCCCAUAUGUUCAACGUGCAUUUAUGUAUCAAUGUUCUUACUGGGUGAUUAAAAAAACAAAACAAAACAACUAAUGCAAGUAUUCACCAGAAGUAAAUUUCUUAGCACUUUACAGAUGACUAAAAAUGCUAAUUUUAUGACUUAGCCAAAUAUUUUCCAAGGUGCAUACAUAGCCCCAUGUGAAAGCAAUUCUCUCCAAGCUUCCUUAAACUGUUAGCUGCUAUCUUAUUUCAUAAAUAAAGUCCUUUUAUUUAAACAUACA